AUGGAGACAAAAUCAAGAAACAAUAGGAUGGAGAAAGUAAGAAGAAGUUGUAAUUAUCAGCAUGGCUUUUGUAUUCCUCCCAUUGGUACUGCAGGAGGGCUAUGCUUAUGGUGGGAUACGAAUAUCAACCUUGAGAUUUUGAGUUUUUCUCAAAAUUUCAUUGAUACAAAAAUAUCGGAUAUGACCACGGGCACACAAGGCAGGGCUACCUGGGUUUACGGGACGCCUUACAGGGAAGAGAAGGAGAUCUUUUGGAACAGAUUGGAGCUUGAGCUUCAGCCAAUGAACAUUCCUUGGUUUUGUGGUGGGGACUUCAAUGAGAUUUUGUGGUCUUUUGAAAAAAGUGGGGGGCAACUUUAUCCACCAAAUCGUCCGAGAUAUCUACGUGACUUUAUGGAGAAGGUAGCAUUGAUGGAUCUUGGAUAUAAUGGGUCGUGCUUCACUUGGCGAGCACGACGGCAAAAUGAUCAGUUUAUACAGGAAAGGCUUGACAGAGGCCUAGUUAACUGUUUGUGGCAAGAGGAAUGGCCAAACACAACGGUUACCCAUUACCCUGCAAUUGGGUCAGACCACAAUCCUAUCAUUGUGGAAACUGAUCAUCAUUUCAGCAGGGGGAAACGAGCUUUUAAAUUUGAAGCCUUUUGGGUGGAGGAUCGCGAGUCUCGUCAAUGGCAAACAAAGCUUCAAAAGUGUACUGAGUUGCUUACCCAGUGGAGCCGUGAAAAAUAUACAAACAACAGGAAACGAGUAGCAGUUUUGCAGGCUGAGCUUCAAGAUAAACAAGGAAGGUGGGAGGAGAACUAUGAGGAGAUCAAAAGAAUCACAAGUAACUUAAAUGAGACUUGGGCUAGGGAGGAGACAUACUGGCACCAGCGAUCUCGAGUAAAAUGGCUCAAUGAAGGAGACAGGAAUACUACUUUUUUUCACCACUCCACCAUUGCUCGACGGCGACAAAACCGUAUUCUGCGAAUCCAAGGGAAUAAUGGCCAAUGGUACUCCGGGCAAAAUGCUACAAGAAGAGUGAUUGAGGAACAUUUUAAAGGUCUUUUCUCAACUGAGUGUGUGGAGGAUGACUUAGAUAUUCUAUCUUGUGUGGAUCCUGUUGUUAUAGAGGACAUUAACACUACAUUAUUACAGGAAAUCUCCUCUCAAGAAAUUAAAGAGGUAGCAAUGCAAAUGGGAUCCCUUAAGGCCCCGGGGCCGGACGGGUAUCAUGGGAUUUUCUACCAGCAGUACUGGGACAUAAUCCACAGGGAGGUUCAAGGCAUUGUGAAGGAUUUUUUUGCUGAAAGUUGUAAUCCUACUAUCCUAAACAGCACCAACAUUGUAUUAAUCCCCAAAGUCCCAAAUCCUGAGUCUGUUACUCAGUAUCGCCCAAUUAGCCUGUGUAAUUAUUCCUAUAAAAUUAUCUCAAAAGUGAUGGCCAAUAGACUGAAACAGUUUCUUCCUGAGAUAAUUUCCCCUGCUCAAAAUGCUUUUGUCCCAAACCUACAAAUACAAGACAAUAUCCUUCUUGCUCAUGAGGCUUUCCAUCUGUUAAAGCUUAGAAAGUCCACCAAGUUAUAUGCAUUGGGCAUGAAACUGGAUAUGAAUAAAGCGUACGACAGGGUCGAAUGGAAUUUUUUGGAGGCCAUGAUGAGGAAGUUGGGCUUCGCUGAUAAGUGGGUGAGGAUGAUCAUGAGCUUGGUCAAAUCUGUGGAGUUAGCUUUGGUUAUUAAUGGCAAGCCAGGAAGCUAUUUCAAGCCUACCCGCGGGAUUCGUCAAGGCGACCCCCUUUCACCAUAUUUGUUCCUUUUUGAAUGGCCCGAUCCUUCUCACUUACUCUUCGCGGACGAUACCUUAUUGUUUCUUAAGGCAAAUGCUCAAAAUUGUCGCAACAUGAUGAAUCUUCUAAAUGGGUACUGCAGAGCCUCGGGGCAACAGAUCAAUUUGGGAAAAUCUAGUGUCUUCUUCAGUCCCAACACUCCCGACGACUUGAAAAGAGAGCUGGGAACUAUCCUAGGCAUGUCAAUUGUUACGGGUACUGGAAAGUACCUAGGCUUGCCUACUCUUUGGGGCAAGUCAAAAUGUGAGGCUCUGAAUUUUGUGAAGGAAAGGUUGCUGCGAAAGAUUGGAGGAUAG